AUGUACUCACAAAAGGUUCCUAAGGGUCGAGGUGAAGAGGUGGCCUCGUCCAUCAACAGAGUAAUGCCCGAAGGGUAUGUACGCCGCAGCGGGGGGAGCCAGCUUGGCGAGCAGACAGGCGAGGCGGAAGAUCCGGUCCCAGCAGCACCCGGGCGAUGUCCACCAGCAGUUCAAGAAGCGGUUCGAGCUCCUCCAGGCCCAGCACCUCCGCCACCCCCACUCCAGCUACCUCGAGCUCCACCACCCCCGGCUACGCCCCCACGACCUACAAGAGGUACACCCCUCACCUUCCUCAACCAUUAG